GAGGCCAUUGCUCAUUUGUGUUCUUCCAGCAAUCAAACUUGUCAGCAGCUCCGUCAUCGCCAUGGUAGCAUUUGCGCACUUGCUUGCUGUUGCAGCACCUGUGUUUGUCAUUGCUAGUUUGGCUAUGCCUGCAGGGAUAGGAGGUGGAAUGCUCUAUGUGCCACUGCUCAUUGUGACCCACAUCGCAGACCCACGCUUGGCUGCAGUCCUUGCACAGCCCAUCAUCGUCGGCGCCGCUCUGGCUGGAAACUCCUUCAAUAUCGCCUGGCAGUUCCGACACAAAGAGCAAAAGUUGCUGGAUGGGCAUUUGGCAUUGGCAAUGAUAGCGCCCUGCCUGGCUGGCAAUUUGGUUGGAUCCAUUAUGAACCAACUGUUGCCAUCAGCUAUCAUUAUGAUUUUGCUCUUGCUACUCGCCGGAAGUACCUUCCAAAGUUCCGCUAGAAGGGCUUUGAAGAUGUGGAAAGCAGAGAAUGCUGUGCGUUCAGAUGCUUCGAGAAAUGGACAAGCAGACGUUGUAAGAGCCCCACCUGCUGUAGUUGGGAGAGAGGUGGAGUUGCCUGCUGCAUCGGAGACAGUUCCUGAAAGCACGAGCACAUCAGAGGGCAAUGAGGAGUGCGAUGAUGACACUCCUUACACUCAUGUCUCUUUCUUCUCCGAUUCCAUGACUUCUCAGAGUGACCGAACUUUGACAAGGAGACGCCCAUCUACCCUGCCCCUGCCGGGCAAUGUCGUGUCGACCGAUGUCUCUCAAGAUCCGAAAAGUCCAUGGGAUGCUUGCAGACUUUGGGGCAAGUUCAUUUUGGUAUGGAUUUGCAUGAUCCUAGUCGUGGCGAUGCGCGGUGGCUCUGGGCAUUCCAUCAUUUCGAUCACAAGCUGCUCGUGGCAGUAUUGGUUGGUGACAGCCACUGGCUUUUUUCUCCUCAUGUUGGUCGGUGCAUUGACUCGCCAGCCUGAAGCUCCGUGGUAUAUUUGUGUGGUCAUCGGAGCCCUUAGCGCUGUGGUGGGCAUUGGUGGAGCCAUCGUGCUCAAUCCCAUGAUGGUCAAGAGGGGCAUCGAGGUGCAAGCGGCCACGGCCACAGCAUCGUUGAUGGUCUUGGACACUUUGCCCGUCUUUAAGAUGUUGUUGGCCGUUCAUUUCGGGGGUUCGGCCGUGUGAGGGGAGGUGACUAAGUAGAAAGAUCGGUAAAAGGAGCUCCCACGGAAGCUUCUUCCCCAUGAGCCUCCAUUGUGCAGCAAAUUAUUUGCUUCGACAACAUGUUUGCUCGCGCAGUAUCACCAUAGAAGGGGAGAAGCAUUCGAGAUGUCAUAGGAUUCGCGUGGAAAUAAAUCCCAUCAAAGUAUCUGAGUUUGUUGUGGUUUGCGCAUGGUUGCUUUCUUUUGCAAUAUGUUAGCUUUUUUGUCAUUUCUUCAACUUGCAAAACUUGAAGUGUUUUGCCAUCGCUAGUAAGUUGGAGGCCAUCACUAUUAGGUUGGAGGCCAUCACUAUUGGGUUGGAAUUUGCAUUAGUAGGUGAUGAGCACUUGCAGUACCUCGCUCUUUCUGCUGGGUGGAUUUGUUCCACCUUUGCCCGCCGUCACCUUGGGCGUGGCAGCUUUCCUGGGUUCGAUGUGCGGGAAGACGGUGGUGAGCUACCUGGUGAGCCACACAGGGCGCACGUCCCUCCUUGUCAUCUUGCUGGCCUUUUUCAUAGCAGUGUCUGGCACAACGGUGUUGGUGCAGGGGUCAAUCGAAAGCAUCAAUGAGUUCAGGGCCGGAGAGAAUCCAUUGACUGAAUUCCAUACGCCUUGCUAGCUUUGGCUGAAAUGCGGAUUGAUCUUAGACGCAGCUUCGUGAG